AUGAUUAAUGAAUUUGGACACGCUGUCUCUGUGGACCAUGCAAGACUAUGGACACUGCAGCUGUGGUGCCAGACAGCAGAGUCUGGGAAAUACAUCGGUGUGGACUCUUCUAUGGUAGAAGUGGUGGUCCCUGCCAGCGAGAACGGGCGUGCGGGGCGGGGGCGCCCGACGGCGUCCGAGGGCGCGGCGGAGCGAGGCCUGAGGGAGGGGACGCUGCUGGAGACCCUGCGCGAGCGGCUGCUGAGCGUGCAGCAGGAUUUCACCUCCGGGCUGAAGACGUUAAGCGACAAGUCAAAAGAAGCAAAAGUAAAAAGCAGACCCAGGACUGCUCCCUACUUACCAAAGUACUCUGCUGGACUGGACUUACUUAGCAGGUAUGAGGAUACGUGGGCUGCACUUCACAGAAGAGCCAAGGAAUGUGCAGACGCUGGCGAGCUGGUGGACAGCGAGGUGGUCAUGCUGUCUGCCCACUGGGAGAAGAAGAGGACCAGCCUGGCCGAGCUGCAGGAGCAGCUGCAGCAGCUGCCAGCUCUCCUCCAGGACGUGGAGUCCUUGAUGGCAAGCCUGGCUCAUUUAGAGACGAGUUUUGAAGAGGUAGAAAACCACCUGUUGCAUCUGGAGGACUUGUGUGGGCAGUGUGAGUUAGAAAGACAUAAACAGGCCCAGGCCCGGCACCUGGAGGAUUACAAGAAGAGUAAGAGGAAGGAGCUCGAAGCCUUCAAAGCUGAACUCGAUACAGAACACGCACAGAAGGUCCUGGAAAUGGAGCACACCCAGCAGCUGAAGCUGAAGGAGCGGCAGAAGUUCUUCGAGGAAGCUUUCCAGCAGGACAUGGAGCAGUACCUGUCCACAGGUCACCUGCAGAUUGCAGAGAGGCGAGAGCCCAUGGGCAGCAUGUCCUCCAUGGAAGUGAAUGUGGACGUGCUGGAGCAGAUGGACCUGAUGGACCUCUCUGACCAGGAGGCGCUCGAUGUCUUCUUGAACUCUGGUGGAGAGGACACUACUGUGAUAUCCCCUGGUUUGGAGAUGGAAUCCAACCCCAGUCAGAAUGAAAUGAGUCUUCAGAUUCCAAAUCCCUCAGAAUCAGCAUCCCAGCCACCUGCCUCACCCUCUGCCUGCACUGACCUGGACACUGCUGAUGCUCCCCUCAUCCAGGCUGAUGAAGAGGAGGUACAAGUGGACACGGCCUUGGUCACAUUAAACACUGACAGAAAGUCCACCCCAGGUGUCAGUGAUGACAGUGACCAGUGUGACUCAACUCAGGACAUUUAAGUGACUUCUCAGCUGUACGCAGAAUCUUCCUACAAAGCCAGGUGCUUGGGUUUUUUGGUUUUACACAGUUGCUAAUGAGAUGUGAGAACUGUUAGAGAAGUGGUCACAAUAAAGCUAUGGACUAAACAUUG